GGAUUACUGCCAUGCAGCCGACCGAGCGGCGAGUUAACCGAGCUGACGCCAGGGGACAUCAGGGUUAUGAGCUCUUCGGGGAAAAAAACUCCACUGGCGAGUGCAGAGAAGACUAGCCUAUACCGUAAAGUGAACAUGUGAAUUCACUUCUUCACUGGUGCCAAUUACGCACAGAGAUGCGCUGAGGAAUUGGAAACAUUCAUCAAGAAUAACACUUCAUAAGCUCUUUUAUUGAGGACCUUGACAUUUACUGUCACCAAUGACUGUCACAUACACAGCCAGAGUUGCAAAUGCCCGUUUCUGUGGCUUCUCCAAGCUGCUGCUGGCCUGGAAAGGCAGCAUCUACAAGGUGUUGUAUAAAGAGUUCCUGGCUUUCUUUGCCAUGUACACCGCCAUCAGCAUCACAUACAGAUUUUUCCUGUAUGAUGAUCAGAAGAGGUACUUUGAGAAGCUGGCAAUUUAUUGCAAUCACUACGCCAGCCUCAUCCCCAUGUCCUUUGUUCUGGGUUUCUAUGUGACCCUGGUGGUGAACCGCUGGUGGAGCCAGUACACCAGCAUCCCGCUCCCUGACCGGCUCAUGUGCGUCCUGUCAGGGGGCCUCCAGGGCAGUGACGAGCGGGGCCGCAUGCUGAGACGAACCAUGAUGCGUUAUGCUAGUCUGUCGGCCCUGCUCAUCCUCCGCUCCGUCAGUACCGCCGUGUUCAAACGAUUCCCCACCAUGGACCAUGUAGUUGAGGCUGGGUUCAUGUCAAGAGAGGAACGGAAGAAGUUUGAGAGCCUCCACUCUCCUUACAACAAAUUCUGGAUCCCCUGCAUUUGGUUCACCAACCUGGCAGCAGUGGCCCGCUGCGAGGGCCGGAUCAAAGACGAUCACACUCUCACACUACUGCUAGAGGAGCUGAAUGGGUUCAGAGGGAAGUGCAGCAUGCUGUUUCAUUACGACAUGAUCAGCGUUCCUCUAGUCUACACUCAGGUGGUGACUUUAGCAGUAUACAGCUUUUUCCUUGUGUGUCUGAUUGGUCGCCAGUUUCUGGAUCCGAAUCAAGGCUACCCGGGUCAUGACCUCGACCUCUACGUGCCCAUCUUCACCCUACUGCAGUUCUUCUUUUAUGCUGGAUGGCUGAAGGUUGCAGAGCAGCUGAUCAACCCUUUUGGAGAAGAUGAUGAUGACUUUGAGACCAACUGGCUGAUAGACAGAAAUUUCCAGGUGUCCAUGAUGGCGGUGGACGACAUGUACGGAGAUCUGCCGAUGAUGGAGAGAGAUCGUUACUGGAACGACUCCAACCCCAGACCUCCCUACACUGCCGCCACCCUCUUUGUCCUUCGCAAACCCUCCUUCCAAGGUUCCACUUUUGACAUGGCGAUCCCUAAAGAGGAGAUGCACUUUCAGCCUCUGGAGGACAUCGCUGAGAACAUGGAGGAGUCAGGCAGUUAUCACCCCAACAUGGCCCUCUUCAACCGCCUACUCAACACCGUCCCUUCCCCCACUGGACUUAUGGGAGGGGCUCUUCGUCGCACCUCAGCACAACUCCAGAGGCUACGUCACUCACCCAGCAUCGACCAAUGCACCAGCGACGAUGAUGACGACGAUGAAAGUGUUAAAAUAGGUAAAGGUGGGUCGCUGCCGUCCGGUCUGGGGCAGGACACCCAGAGCACUGUGUGCAGUGUCAGGGACGAGAAGGGCCUGAGGACACCUCUGCUGGAGGUUCAAUUUAAUGCGAACAACGAGAGGCGAAGGCAUUCUGUCGUCAAUGAGAAGAAGGAGAUGAGUGAAGUUGAGGAGAAGAGUGAUAAAGAGCUGUACAUAAGGGAGGAAAGAGAGGAAGUAGAGAGUACAGUUGGGGAGAUUCAAGCUCCUGCAUCAUGGCUUCCACCUCCCCCAAAGUCCUCAAGAGAGACGUCCACUCGAUCAGCAUCGGCCGUUCCCUUCACUUCUCGUCACCGCUCUGCCUUCAUGUUUCACCCGGCUGCCGACUCCAGUCUGGAGCACUGCAGCUCCCAGCCGGCCAUCAACCAGAACAGAGCUGUGCCCACUAUCCCCAAACCUCCCCUUGGUGGAAACAAAAAGUCAUUCCUGACUGUGCCCUCUUACAACGAACCUCAGCGUUUUCGCAGUGUGAGCAUGGGAUCAGAGCUCACUGGGUCCUAGGUUGACAUGGGGUUGUGAUGUUCCCAAAAACGUUUGGCUGUUUGAAACCACAUAGCUCGAUCCAUUGCACAUCUUUAUGGAUACAAUUUGUCAUAUAUAGCUUACACUUUUACUCUGAAUCUGUAAACUUCCGGAUCAGAGUUAUCAGUUUAACGGAUAUACAAUAAAAUAAAAUAAAGAUUAUUAAGAGACACUCUGAGAUUUUGUUAUAUGAAAGUAAGUCUGUCACGUCUCAACACGAUAAACAGUGAACAUUACUACAUUUCUGGGAACUUUCCUGGCAUCAUUUGGUAUUUGAAGUUUGGUAUUUGAAGAAGCUAUUAUGAACUUUAUAGGAAAAUUUUGACAUAGGAAUAAUUAUAUGUUACUGAGUCUUUAAGUAUACAAACAAUUACAUUUCUGUUUAUUCAAUACAGAUAUCACACGUUUGUUCUAAACUAGGCUAGACAAGUUUAAUUGUAGUUUAGCCUAGCUUAGAAUUUAAACUAAUGGUAGGGGUUCUGAUUGGACUCAAAAAAGGAGGAAGCUAUCCCUUACAAUUACUUUAACUGUAACUAAGCAGCUACUGUUACAAACCAAUGCAUUCAAUAGUCAACCUCACUACGAGACAGGACUUUAGAGAUGUUAUAAACUAGCCUAAGUAUUAAAAUAGCUUAAUAAUUAAGCUAGCUCAAUAAUCCAACUAGCUUAAUAAUCAAGUUAGCUUUAUAUUAAACUAGUUUAAACAUUAAGCUAGCAUAUAUUAGGCUAAUUAACCUAGUUGCUCCUUAUAUCUGUUGUCAAAUACAGAAAAUACAACAAAAUUAGAGUUUUGGAGUUGCUGCAAGGAGCAUUUUUUCUAAGCUUGGUGAAACAGGUCAAAGCUACAUGUGUAAAAAGAAGAUAACAAAAAUGUGAUUCAAGUCGAAAUUGUGUUUAAAGUCAAAUAUGCUUCUGGAAUCUGCACAUCAAAUUGUAGUAUCACAAUAUAUUGCCUGUAACUACUGAAGUCUGUUUUAAUAUUUAGCAUUAACCAAAAUGCUGCUGAAACGAAGACAAAUGGGUGACAGUUUCUUUGUUCACUUUAUUUUCUUUGAUUGUUUGACUGUAAAUAGAAUGAUUCCUAAUGCAUGUCUGUUGUAUUUUGUCCAUGCCCAACUGUUUUUACAUUAAUGACCACAUGAAAAGUUAUUAUUAAGGUUUUGCAUUAUUUUUAAAUGAAAAUGUAUCCUACUUGCAAAAAUAAAUGUAAACAAUUAUACAACACUGA